AUGGACGCCUUCUUCAGCGCCCUCGACUCCCGGCUGCGGGUGGCGGUGAAGGUGGCGGACUCCAUCAUGGUGGGGCUGGUGAACGCCGCCAUGGAGGACGCCUACAAGAAGAGCCUCUGGAAGGACGGCGACCUGGAGCGCCUCUUCCAGAAGCUCCGCUUCGCCGAGCUCGCCAUCAUGCAGCUCGAGUGGUGCCUCCGCUUCGUGCGGGGGGAGAUGGAGGCCGACGGCGGUGCCAACGACGGCCACGAGGAGCUGCUAGACGACCUCCUCGAGACGCGGGAUCGGAUCCAGGCCCGCCUCGACGAGGCCGAACUCGCCGUCGCCCAGGCGGACACCGACUACAUGCGCCGGAAGCGCGAUGAACCCGUCCGCAGUCGAUCGCCGCGGCGCCGAGGUGGAGGUCGGUGCGUUCGCGGAGCUCAGGGGAAGGUCAGCGGCGAGGCGUCGGCGAUGGCGAGGCUGCAGGACCCCGGCCACCAGGGCGACGGGGUCAAGGGCGUCUCGGGAUUCUACAGCAUGGCGCAGCUGCUUAUGGAGUUCCAGGAGAUGGUCCUGGACGCCGGCGUCGUCAGAGACAGUGUGGCAUCUGCGUUCGAUGCCAUGGAGAGGUCGGUCUCCGCGCAGCGGGCAGCCAUGGAUGAGCAGCGGUGGCUCAUGGAUGCAGAGAAGGAGAUGUACAGUACCGUCGUUGAGGGUUUUCUCCGGGAGAUCAACGUGGAAUCAACUAAAUGCGAUCAUUCUGAGGGAGAAGGAUGUCCGACGCCUACAUUGCAUCAUAACAGAGGUGCUACUGAGAAUAGUUCUGACGAAUUCCAGUCUCUGAAGGAUGAAACUAGCCAGCUGCACUCAGCAAGGCUUAUCCCGGAAGAGAAGUCAGAGAGCAGCAGACUAUAUUAUAAUUCAGAAGAGCAGCGUAUCUCCCAAGAGGAAGCUGAAAGGCUAACAGAAAGAACGAUUGAUUCAGAAAUCAGAUGUGAACUGCAGCAUGUGUUAUACUCAGCAGUAUUCAGAGACCUAUUAAGGAAGCUUUCGGUUCAGGCAUAUGAUGCACAAAAGCUUACAGAACAAAGAGAUGAAAUGGAAAUCAGAUGUAAUCUACAGUAUGAGAUACAUAGUAUCAUAUUCAAAGACUUGGUGAAGAACCUAGGUGUUGAAUCUGUUGAUCAUCUUAUCAUGACCUCCAUCGAAGAUGAGGUGCAUACAGCUCUUCUUGCCAAGACUAUGAAUGCUUGGAAGAUCACUACUGAAAUGGUUCACAGUGAGAGACUUAUCAAGGAAGAGAUCGACCACAUUGUCUUUGGAGGUUUGAUAAAUGAUUUGGUAAAUGGUCAAAACUUAAGUGUGGUCAAAUAUCAACACCAAAAUAGACCCAGCGAUAAUCUGGGAAGAUUUGGUAUGAUUGACAACACAGAGCAGUUAGCGAAGGGGAAGAUACAAGUCAUUGUAACUACUGAAGAUGAAGGUGUAGGCUCUGAUCAACAUCGAGUACUUGUGAAUCAAGAAGAUGAUGUUCAUGAUUCAGGAGUGAAUCAAGGAAUGUGCAUUCCAUUGACAAACAUAUAUGAAAUGUUCAUGGACUUCGAGACUAUUGCCUGUGGAAAAAUAGGAACAGCUGUGCUGAGAUUGAGAGACUUGGACAAACAAUUGUCAAACCUGAUUGGACAAGUGAACUCUCUUAAAACAAGUGAGCUUAUGUACCGGAGGGCUUUCACUAGGAGAUGUUGCGACCUCCAAACAGCAGAAGCAGAGGUGGAUCUUCUUGGCGAUGAAGUGGAGCUGCUUCUUGGACUUCUCAGUAAGACAUACCGAGCUCUGGAGCAUUACUCACCAGUUCGUCAACACUAUGUGGGGGUAAUUUUCUAA